GUUUUGCUCGGUAAGCCUGCAGGCGAUCAUCCCUGCAGCCCCACAUGACGCUGGGGAAUCCGAAGAGCGAUCGGCAUAGCGGUAUAAAAUAGGGAAGUCCCCAAACGAACUCUUCCUUUUCUAAGAUCCAACAUCAUGGCAACUUCCACAAUGACCCAAGCUGACCCAAGCAGCUCGAGCUUUGAGUUGCAACCGCUUCCAGCUCAAAAUUCCUGUGAAGAGAAUGACGAAGUUGCGGAUCUUGAAGAGACACCGCCCGAUUCAGCAGUGGAGGCGCUGCAGAAAUGGAAUUCUCCUCGAAUAAACAUGUUCCGAGUCCCUGCAACAUUCUGGUCUUUCUUUGUGGUCGGGAUGAAUGAUGGUUCAUACGGACUUGAAGAAUACUACGGCCUCUCUUACACAAUCGUCUCUCUAAUCUUCCUGUCCCCGUUUGCAGGAUAUACGAUUGCGUCGGGAGUCAAUAACAUGAUGCACAUCAAAUUCGGCCAACGAGGAGUAGCGAUCGUCGGUCCAGCAUGCCAUCUUAUCUCUUACAUUGUUUUCUCUCUCCAUCCUCCGUAUCCAGUGCUCGUCGUCAUGUUCAUCUUCGUCGGUUUCGGGAACGGCCUGAUCGACGCAGCAUGGUGUGCCUGGAUCGGCAACAUGGCGAAUUCGAACGAGGUUUCGGGCUUCCUUCAAGCGUGCUAUGCAUUGGGUGCAACUGUCGCGCCAUUGAUUGCUACAGCGAUGAUCUCGAAAGGGGGUUUAGGGUGGUAUGCGUUUUACUACAUCAUGAUUGGAGCCUCGGCGCUCGAACUCACAACAUCCACUUGGGCGUUUUGGAGACAAACCGGAUCUAUGUAUCAAGCAGAAAACCCUCAAGAUCCCAACACAAAGACAGGGAGAACACGAGAAGCCUUGAAGAACAAAGUAACCUGGCUCUUUGCCCUCUUCAUCUUCGGCUACGUGGGCGCUGAAGUUUCUCUCGGCGGCUGGAUCGUCGUCUUCAUGACCAAGAUCCGCCACGCCAACGCCUUCGCCUCCGGUGCCUCCGCAACCGGUUUCUGGGGUGGCAUGACUGUCGGCCGUCUCUUUCUCUCCUUCCUGACGGCGAGACUUGGAGAGUUCUGCUCCGUGCUCUUGUACCUAGGCAUCGCCGUUGUUCUCGAGUUGAUCUUCUGGCUCGUGCCCUCCCUCGUAACCUCAGCCGUCACAGUAGCGCUCUUAGGCGUGGUGAUGGGGCCUAUGUUCCCUACCGCCAUCGUCCUGGUCACCAAACUCCUCCCCCGCUCUCUCCACGUCGGCACCAUCGGCUUUGGCACGGCCUUCGGCGGCUCAGGCGGCGCGGUGUUCCCCUUCAUCGUGGGCGCCAUCGCGCAGAAGAAGGGCGUCAAGACGCUGCAGCCGAUCAUCCUUGCGCUGCUUGCGGCGAUUGCGGCCUUGUGGUGCAACAGAUCAACCGCCAGCGUGCAUCUCGUCGGCUUGCUCGAAUUUGGCUCGAAAAAAUGAAUCCCCGCAUUUCGCCAAACCGGAACUCCGUUUUUUCCACUGUCCUGUAGCUACAGCUCUCAUACAUCCCAACAAAAUAAAUCCAUACAAGUGUGUGCUGAUGAGCGGUAGAUUCAUCUCCUCAUCUCUGUAACUGUCGUUAGCUCGACAUUCUUUCAAGUCCCGGAUGCAUGGUAUCAACGUACUCGUCCCCGGCGUCCAUUGACUUGCUGCUCCUGCUGCAUGCCAUAGCCCAUUCCUUGCAUACCCAUGCCAGCAUAUCCGUAUGCGUUGAC